AUGUAUUCUGAUGUUGUCAUAAGUCAUUUUACCUACUCAAGGCCCACAACCAACUCAAUUCCAGGGGCGACCAUUGUUUCUAACGGUUUAGGUUUAAAGCUGAGGAAGUGGAUUUGGUGGCCAAAAGCAUUAAGCACCGAGGAACCGAACAGGUUCGUUUCAACAGUUCUUUUAGCCAUUCUGGUUGUUAUUCUUUCGGCCUUGCUCUCACCGGUAGCCCACAAAAAGGCAGCAAAUAACCCAUCUAAACCUUGGCUGGCCCUGUCCUUGUACAUCCAGCAGCCACAUAUUUCAAUCUCCAGCAUCCCAACUGUUGCCCAGUCAGAUACCGGAGCCUUUAUCUUUCACCGCGCACUCACGGAGGGACCUGAGAACACGUCCCAUGUAGUUGGAAAAGCACAAGGCUUCAUUAUUCCGAUUGAACAUUUUGCUAAUUCUGCAUUCAACAUAAUUUAUCUCACUUUUGAGACACCUCAGUUUUCUGGGAGUCUAAGCGUCCAGGCCAAGCAUGUUGAAAGGAAGGAUAGAGAAGAAUUAACAGUGGUUGGAGGAACAGGUUCUUUUGCAUUUGCACGUGGGAUUGCAGUUUUUGCGCAGACUGAUUCCCAGUCAUCUGAAGCUGAUGCUACUUAUCAUGGAAAGCUUCAGCUUAGAUUUCCCAAUAGAUCUCAGACAAUUCCAGGAUGAGGCAAAGCCAGAAUCAUCUGUUUGA